AUGGUUUUAUUGCACAUUAAGCGUGGAGAAAGCAGCCAAUUUCUGUAUGAGACUUCAGUUGGAUUUGAUGUUGGUAAAUCGACACAGGAAAUUGUUACCAUUUAUAAUGGUUGCUUGAAAAUCCGACGAAUUGCUGCAGGUAAUCGCAGAGCUAUCAAUUAUUUCACUCAAGUUAGCAAUUUUUCUUCACUUUCAGAAAUAGAAGAGCUCGCUAACUAUGGUUGCAUGUUACCACCUGAAAUUAUGGGAUUAACGGACGAACAAGUUGAAGAAUUAAAGUUGGUUGACUCGUAUGCUGAAACUUGCAUUCCAUCUGGUGGCUUUAAUCAGACGAAGGAUCCAGUAGGACGACGAAAUGGACGUCAACCAUUACCUAACAUGCAAGAAAUUCUCAGAAAUUCAAUCAAGGAAGCUGUUGCUAUGGUUGAUAAAAAAUUGAUUGAUGAAAACAAAAUUCUAACUCAGAAACAAGUGAAAGAGGCUUUGGAUCUUCUUCGCGGCGCAGUUACAAUUGUUUAUCCUAUGAAUUUGCCACCACAUGACUCAAUUCGAAAUGAAUUUCAAAAUACUGAGGAUUUGAGUGGCACACAAGCUUCAUUGGAAGUCAUUGAACCAGCAAAAGCUCAACUGUGGUUUGCCGGCAAACAAAUGCUGCCGAAUCAUCGACUUGCUGACUUCAUUGGAAAGAAUGAAAAAUGUAAAGUCAUCGUGAAGUUACAAAAGAGUGGAGAAGGUGCACCAGCUCGCGAACCCGUCUUCACUGAAGCAGAACGUAAACAAAUGAUGAUGCAUGCCUAUCGGCGCCAGGAGGAAUUGAAACGUUUGGAAAAUGACGAUGAUGACAAUUACUUAAACUCAUCUUGGUCCAAUAACAAAAGUUUAAAAAGUCAAAUGCAUGGAAUCGAUAAUAUAAAAUUUCGAGCAGGAAAAUAA